AUGGAGGCCGGUCAGGACGCCUCCCUGUUCCUGGCGAAGAUGCUGGAGGAGCUGGACAGCAAGCGCCGCCACGUCUCCUACCAGGACCUGUGCCGGUCGCUGUGCGCCCGCUUCGACCUGCCGCAGCUCGCCCGGCUGCGCGGCGUGCUGUUCUGCACGGCCUGCCUGGACCCCGGCUUCCCCGCCACCCUGUUCAAGGACAAGAUGAAGUGCCCGGGCAGCAGCCAGCAGUCCAAGAAGAUCAUGGUGGCCGCCGACAUCGUCACCAUCUUCAACCUCAUCCAGAUGACCGGGGGCGCGGCCCGGGACAAGCUGCCCGCGGCGUGCCCGACGGCGGCCGCCUGUGACUCCUGCCGGCCCGACGACGACGACGACACGGAGCCGCUGGGCUGCGGGCUGGCCCAGGGGCCCUUCGGCCAGGCCUUCCCCGCCCGGCAGCCGGCCCCGUGCCGGGAGGCGGACUGCACGGACUGCCCGCAGUUCGUACCCGCCUCCGAGCCCAGUUUCCUGCUGGGCGUCGGCAAGGAGGCGAAGGCCCGGGCCGCCUCGCUGGAGCGGCUGCAGGCCCGGGCCCCGUACGCGGCGGCCGGCCCGCAGCCCUGUGAGAUGCAGAGGACCUACUUCCCCAUGACCCUGGACAGCGAGUCCGUCUCGGACCAGGACUCGCUGCCCGGGCCCCCGGGCGGCGUCCAGGGGACCUUCGUCGCCAAUGACGACGAGGAGGAGCCCUUUGGGGUCCGGUCCUGCCUCCAGAAAAGGACCAUCUUCAAGGGGGACUUCCAGAACCUGCUGGCCGUGUCCCCCGGCUUGGCCGGCCCGGCCGACGAGGCCGAGGCGGGGCACGGGGACCCCCAGAGCCGGAAGGAGCCCCCCAAGGCCCUCUUCUUGAAUCACAGCUUCGACGUGCCCUACGGCGCCCGGUACCUGAACGCCGCCGCCGCCGCCGCGUACUCCCCGGUCCCCGACAAGAGGCGGGCCAAGCACGAGAGCCUCGACGACCUGCAGGCGUCCACGUACUUCGGGCCCACGCCCGCGAUGGGGACCCCCGACGCCAGGCGCGGCCCCGGGGGACGGCCGGGCAAGCAGACGCCCUGGCCGGCCAAGAGCUGGAGCCUGAACGCGGAAGAGGUCCCCGACGCGGAACGGUGCCUCUUCCACAGGAACCCGUCCUACGAGAAGCUGCAGCGUUACCCCAGCCCCGGCGUCCCCGCCCCGGACCAGCGCCCGGCCUACCUCGCGCCCCCGACGACGACGACGACGGAGCAGCAGCCCCUGCUCCCUGCGGGCUACGCGGCCACCACCAACGGGCUCCACGCCCCAGCGACGGCGUCCCCCGUCGCCGGCCUGGAGGAGCGGGAGCCGGGGACAAAGGUCAAGGACAAGAGCAUCAGCAGCACGGGCGGGCAGCUGAGCUCCGACACCAGCAGCGUGGGCACCCAGACGGAGCAGCCGGGGCCGGAGCCCAAGCCACGCCAGGACCUGCAGGGCCCGUACGGGGACAGGCACGCCAACGUGGCCACCGCCGCGAGGCCGUCGGACGACGACUCGGAGAUCGUCAGCGACGACAUCAGCGACAUCUUCCGCUUCCUGGACGACAUGAGCCUCAGCGGCUCCACGGGGGUGAUCCACUCCUCCUGCUGCGACAGCACGGGGUCCCUGUCCCAGCUGCCCAGGUCGGACGGCGACAGCUCCCUGGAGCGCGCUGCCGCCAAGCUGGCCGGCGAGCUCCCCGGCAGCCAAGGAGAAAAGGGCAAGCGGGGCCCCGACCGCGGCGGCCCCCGCUCCGAAGAGGAGCUGAAGACCAGCGUCUGCAAGCUGGUGCUCCGGAUCGGGGAGAUCGAACGCAAGCUGGAGUCGCUGUCGGGGGUCCGCGACGAGAUCUCCCAGGUUUUGGGCAAACUGAGCCAGCUGGAUCGGAAGAUGCAGCCGCCCGAGAGGGCGCGGGGGCAGGCGGACCUGAGCUCCCUGACCAGCGGGGCCCCGUCCGAGGAGAGCGCCUCCCCCCGGGGGCUCCCGGCCCGCCGCGGCUCCCGGGGCGGGCCCAAAGCAGACGGGGGCGGCGGGGGCGCCGACUGGUGCUGCUCGGACGGCGGCGGGAGCCACAGCGAGAGCCUGCGUGUGAAGGCGCUGAAGCGGAGCCUCUUCGCCAGGCCGUCGUCCCGGUCGCUGACGGAGGAGGACAGCGCCACCGAGUCCAAAGUCGCCAGCAUCGCCAACUCGCCCCGGGACUGGCGCACCAUCACCUACGCCGGCCGCCUGAGCCUGGACGGGGAGGAGGAGGAGGUCAGAGGCCGGGGCCCCGGGGAGAGCAAGGGCUGGCGUCGGAAGUCGAAAGAGGCGGACAGGCAGUACGACGUCCCCCCGCAGCACCGCCGGCCCAGGCCGCCCAGGGACUUCCUGGUGGAGCAGGUGUUCAGCCCGCACCCCUACCCCGCCUCGCUCAAGGCCCCCCUGAAGAGCAACCCCCUGUACACCGACCUGCGGCUGACCGAGCUGGCCGAGGUGCGGCGGGGCCCGCCCUCCUGGGCCGCCGAGGAGUUCGCGCGGAGCGUGGGCGACAAGGGCAAGCUCGCGGCCCUGGACCUGCAGACGCAGGAGUCGCUGAACCCGAACCACCUGGAGUACUGGAUGGAGGACAUUUACACGCCGGGCUACGACUCGCUCCUGAAGCGCAAGGAGGCCGAGUUCCGCCGGGCCCGGGUCUGCAAGCUGGCGGCGCUGGUGGCCGCAGCCGCCUGCACGGUCAUCCUCGUCAUCGUGGUGCCCCUGUGCACGAUGAAGUCCUGA